UGGUGGCCCUACUGUGUGCAGCCCUCCGCGUGGCCAGGCUGCCCGGCCUCGUUCAACCCGCUUGUCUGGUUCUGAGGCCACCCAGGCAGGAGGAAGCAGACGUUAGCUCAAAAUGUUUGGACCUGAGUGUGGAGUAGAGCCCCCCGAGUCGAUCCUCAUAACUGGACGCUAGGGAACAGUAGGUUAGGCGCCCUGGGCACUGGGUGCCCUGUCGGAAUGGGAAGAGUAAUAACCCAACAGUCAUUGCACCCCACAGACUCUGGACCGAGGAAAACAUACGCUCAUGUGUGCGGCCGGAGAGUGGUAACAGCCAACGCAAGGCACGUCGAACUACAGAUCCCACAAUACAACGGGGGAAAGAACGUGCUUCGCCUAGGCCUGAAACCCGACUCCUGCAGGGGGACGACGCAACGAGGCACGCUGGGAUUUGUAGUCGGCAGGUCCACGUUGAGCCGGAACUUAACACCCACCCACCCCCAACCCUGUGCCACUUCUUAAAGCCCAAACAUCCGAUUCCACGUCAAUAGAAGGCACUCGGAUUGCACGUUUUAGAACUUUUUUCACCUACAGGCAUAUGCUAGCAAAACUUGCGGGCUUCGUAGCCUUUGACAGACAUUUAGACAACAUUUAUUGAGUUUCUGUAAGUGUCAGGACCUAACCACCAGGACUCUACAUUCUCCCGACUUCACAGAAUUUAAAUUUUUAUUGUGCUACUUUAUUCUGGAGCUCAUAAAUGAAGCACGUCUUCGGCAAAGAAAUGGAGGCAGAAGACUGACCUUCGAAAAUAUGUAUUUGGGAGAUAAUCACGUUCUAUUGAAUACCUUGUGCUGGUGCUGCCAUCGAAAAAUCUGGUUACAGUCUGGGGAGGCCUGCUGCUGCUGCAGGACUGAACCCCCUCGGCCCUGAGAUGAGUGUCCCAACAGAGCAGGCACAUCAUGAAUAGAUACACAACAAUCAAGCAGCUUGGGGAUGGGACCUACGGUUCUGUCCUGCUGGGAAGAAGCAUUGAGUCUGGAGAACUGAUCGCCAUUAAAAAAAUGAAAAGAAAGUUUUACUCCUGGGAAGAAUGCAUGAACCUUCGGGAGGUUAAGUCUUUGAAGAAGCUCAAUCAUGCCAACAUAGUAAAGCUGAAAGAAGUCAUCAGGGAAAACGAUCAUCUCUAUUUUAUCUUCGAGUACAUGAAGGAAAACCUUUACCAGCUCAUUAAAGAAAGAAAUAAGUUGUUUCCAGAGUCUGCUAUAAGGAAUAUAAUGUAUCAGAUAUUGCAAGGACUGGCAUUUAUUCAUAAACACGGCUUCUUCCACCGCGACUUAAAGCCCGAGAACCUCCUCUGCAUGGGACCAGAACUUGUGAAAAUUGCAGACUUUGGAUUGGCCCGAGAAAUCCGAUCAAGACCUCCGUACACAGAUUAUGUGUCUACUAGAUGGUACAGGGCUCCAGAAGUACUCCUGCGGUCUACCAACUACAGCUCCCCCAUUGAUGUCUGGGCAGUUGGCUGCAUCAUGGCAGAGGUGUACACCCUCCGGCCUCUCUUCCCUGGGGCCAGCGAAAUUGACACGAUUUUCAAAAUUUGCCAAGUGUUGGGAACACCGAAGAAGACUGACUGGCCCGAAGGCUACCAGCUGUCAAGUGCCAUGAAUUUCCUCUGGCCCCAAUGUAUACCCAAUAACUUAAAGACACUAAUUCCAAAUGCUAGCAGUGAAGCCAUUCAGCUCCUGAGAGACAUGCUCCAGUGGGAUCCCAAGAAACGACCGACCGCUAGUCAGGCCCUUCGAUAUCCUUACUUCCAGAUUGGACACCCACUGGGCAGCAUCCCACAGGAUUCAGGAAAACCUCAGAAAGAUGUCCAAGACAAGACAGCCCCACCUCCUUACAUCAAGCCGGCCCCUCCUGCCCAGCCCCCAACCAAGGCACAUACACUGAUUUCUUCUCGACCAAACCAAGCCAGUCAGCCCCCUCAGCAUUUCGUGUACCCCUACAAAGGUGAAGCCUCCAGGACAGAGCAGCUCAGCCAUCUUCAGGAGGGCAAGCCAGGCCCAACGCUCUUCCCUUCCCUCCACAACAAGAACCUGCAGCCAACACAGAAAAUCCUCGCUGGCCUGGAACACAAAAAUGGUGAAAUCAAGCCAAAGAGCCGGAGAAGGUGGGGUCUUAUCUCCAGGUCCACAAAGGGUUCGGACGACUGGGCCGACUUGGACGACUUAGAUUUCAGUCCCACUCUCUCCAGGAUCGAUGUGAAAAACAAGAAGAGGCAGAGUGACGACCCCCUCUGCAGGUUCGAAAGUGUUUUGGACCUGAAGCCAUCCGAGCCAGUGGGUACAGGAACUAGCGUCUCGACCCAGGCUUCCUCCCAGAGGAGAGACACGCCGACCCAGCGGUCUGCAGCCAAGCAGCUCUACUUGAAGCACUCGCGCUACUUGCCUGGAAUAAAUAUAAGAAAUGGCGUGCUCCCAAAUCCAGGCAAGGACUUUCCUCCAUCAAAUCCAUGGUCCAGUUCUGGUUUGUCUGGAAAAUCUUCAGGAACAGUAUCAGUAGUGAGCAAAAUAACUUCAGUUGGCUCAGGCUCUACGAGUUCCAGCGGACUGACUGGAGGUUACAUCCCUUCCUUCCUGAAGAAAGAAAUCGGUUCUGUUAUGCAGAGGGUACACCUGGCGCCGCUCACCGACCCCUCCCCUGGCUAUUCUUCCCUGAAGGCCAUGAGACCUCACCCAGGGAGGCCUUUCUUCCACACCCAGCCUAGGAGCACUCCUGGGUUGAUUCCACGACCUCCAGCCGCCCAGCCUGUGCACGGCAGGAUAGACUGGUCUUCCAAGUACCCAUCCCGUCGGUUACUGUCUCAGCCAUGAGGCCAUCCUCCCUCCGCUGACUCCCUUGCACCCGCAGAACCGCGUGAUGGUGUAAAAGCACCCAAGCUUAUAGCUGUUCUGAACUAACACAUUUCAAUAUUUCUUUUAAAAGUUUUUUUUAAUAUUGAUUUGAAUGCAAUACCCUCUUUUUGUAUAAAAUUAUUUUAUUCUAAAACUGGGUCUCAUUAUUUUCUUAAACAACAGCAUUUUGUAUAUAUGGAUUAUGUUUUAGCAUUUUAUACAGUCAACUUUGUAAUGAACUUUUUAAAGAUUAAGUAAUUUUUGUUUGUUGUUCCACAUAAUAUUUUAUACAGAUUUUGAAAUAUAUAAUAAUAUUGAUGCAGUAUUGUGAUAGGGUGCAGUUUAAUGCUGUGCCGUAAGGGAUUAUGUACUCAAUAUAUUCGAAUAUUGUGAAGAGGCUGCAUUUUAAUGUGGCUCAUUUGGUACUUUAGGCUUUCCUGGACUGAUCUGAGGAAAGCGUCCCAUCCACUGCUUUUCUUAACAGCUUGUAUCGGUUGUUCUGGGGGCAGAAGUUGUGUUGUUGUUGUUGUUGUUGUUGUUGUUGUUGUUGUUUUGAAACAGGGUCUUAUGUAGCCCAGGCUGGCCUACCACUUACCAAGUAGCUGAGGAUAGCAUUGAACUUCUGAUCUUCCUGCCUCUGGCUUCCUGAGUGCUGCCAUGCUUGGUUUUAACCCAGGGCUAUUAUUACAUGCCUAACAGCCCUCAUCUACCAUCCUUUAUACUACUGUUCUAUUAGAAACUGUCACUUUAUCUGGACUUGUUUCACUUUAUUUUUGCCCCCAGAACAAAGAAUUUUUUGAAAUUUUAUGACGCUCAUAAAUACAGUUGCAAAUAUCCAGAUAAAAACCAAGCAUAACCAUACUAAACUAUCACAUUUCUACCUUUUUUUUUUUUUUUUUUGACUGACAGGGUUGCUUUCUACUGGUUAAAAUCCCCACUGGCCUCCAGCUUCAAGUAGUGCACUCCUGGCGGUGAGGAUGAGGGAGGGGUGGAGCAGGGACAGCCAGCUCCCUGCUGGGCAGACACUGAGGGAGAUGGCAGGACCUGUAGUCACCAGGCAUUGUUCAGGUGAGCUUUUCUUGUUCAGUAGGGCCUAUCAGCCAGGAGGACCUACCUACCUACCUACCUACCUACCUACCUACCUACCUACCCACCUACCUACCCACAGCAAUGCCAGCAAGCCUUCCUCCGGCCUUCACUAUCCCCAGCUCACCUGCAGCAGACUAAAGAUGCAGAAAACAAUACUUAGCUCAAAACCAGCCGAGCCACGGAGGCCGGUGGGGAGGUUGCAGCCCCCUGCAGGUGUCUACACCUACCUCCCUAGAGCCAGAGAGGAGGCUUCCUCCCACCCCUGUGGUCCAUGCUUCUUUCCAUUGUUAAAAACUCUGGGCUGAGAGAUGACUCAGCUGCUCCCAUUCCAAGGGAUCCGAUGCCCUCUUCUGGCCUCUAUAGGCACCUGCAUGCAUGUAGAUACCCACCCACUGACAAACCCAUGUCAAAUCUUUAUAAAAUCCAGUUGUUAAAAUCCCUUAAAAGGGAAGCCUUUUUAUGUCAAAGGUACCUUUUUAUUAUAAUUUUUCAUUGGUUUAUUGUAAAAAAUUUCCUAACGUAUGUUAACACAAUCAAUUAAACUUAUAUCCCUGCCAAGAUGAAUGACCAAAAGAGCCUAGUGUCUUUCUAUACAGCCCUGGCUGUUCUGGAACUCACUCUAGACCAGGCUGGCCUUGAACUCACAGAGAUCUGCCUGCCUCUGCCUCCUGAGUGCUGGGACUGAAGGCAUGCACCAACAUGCUAUUUUAUUUUUUAACUGAUAAGGAAUGUUACAUUCAGCUCAGCUCGCCACACCUGACUAGGGGCAGCUCAUCAACUUUCCGAGCCAACAUCUCAGGACAACUUUAGGAGUGGGAAAGACUUAGGGGAGAAUUUCAACUUACCUGAGAAGUCACAGUUGCCACGAUGUUAUGUCUAGACUGUGCCACAUCCCCACCCCCACCUCGUGUGGUCUCUUUCAAGGGUGAGACCUCUGUGGGACAGGCUGUUCCAUUGAGAGGAAUGUUUACAGCAGUUUUGCAGAUGACAAAGCUAGUUUGGAGCCAGAACGAUGCAGAGGAUCCCCUUCCUUCCACCUCUGUAUUGCACAUCUGCCUCCACUCGUGGUUCCCUUACAUAAGGACGGGUCACCACCAGCAAGUGCAAUAGCAAACCUCAACGGGAUAUUAACUCACGUUCUCCCAGGGCCCAAAUGACUCUUUUGGUUACAGUUUCCAAAUUCCGGCAAGGCAACCCUUCCGAAUUGUUCUUUUUUUUUUGGUUGAAAGGGUAAGGUGAAUGCAGACAUUCCCAUAGAGUCCGACCUAAUAAAUUGGUUAACGAUUGCUUUGAUGUAUAAAUAAUGACUUCCAAGGGGCUCUGUCUGUCCUAAAAUUAGAAAAUAAUUGAUGCUUUGGAGAAUCUGACUCAAAAGUACACUUGACCAAGCACUUUGAUUCUGAGAGGUGUGUAGAAAGCACACAAUGGACAUGGGUUUGAUAGGGUGUGUCUCCCUGUCAACAAGCUGGCAACGAGACUUGAGAAAAUGUAUAUGCAAGCACAACUUGAGACCAUUCCUGUAUGUAUUAUAUUCUAAACCAACAAAAUGUGUGUUCAGAGCUGAGUCCUCUACUGUGAGGUUAAUAUUUAUUUUCUCUUUUCUGUAUUAUGUAUAAAAAGUAAAUUAAUCUCAGAUCCUGUUCAGCUAGCUGGAAAGUUGGCUUUAAAUUUUAGAUAGCACUUAGAUAUACAAAUAAAUCAUUAGCACCACAUUCUCCAUAAUCUAGCUAGUGUUAACUAAGGCCAUUCUAUUCCUUUUAAUUGACAAAAAACCUGGUUACAGGACGUUAUAAACUUGUUUUCCUAGUGCUUUGUGGGCCCUCCCUUCACUUUCCUUCCAUUACUAGCAAACGGCUCCCCUUGAGAAGUUAAACAUACUUGUUUACAUGAAAGAAGUGACUAGGAGCUGAGAAAACUAGAUUACUGAAAACCCAAGUUCUAAAGACCUCGCAAAAACCUCAGAAGUACUUUUCCCUCCUCAAAAUGGGUAAAGGAGAAACUGUAUACAAGUUAUGUAAUGUAGAGGAAAGUAGACCUUUUUAAACAGUGAUAGUCAAAACUGCCUGUUGCAUACAUUUUUAGCUACUGUAGAAUUAUGAAGUGGAAAGCAAAAUACUGGCAGGUGUGGUGAGUUAGACUGCACCUACCCAUGACUACAUCUCAUUUACAACCGCAAAGCUUUUGGGGGGCUGGAGAGUGGUUCAGAGGUUAAGAGCGCUGGCUGCUCUUCCAGAAGACCCAGGUUCGAUUCCCAGCACAAACAAGGUAGCUCACAACCAUCUAUAACUCUAGUUCCAAGAACGCUACCCUCUUUUGGCCUGAGGGCAUCAGGUCAGGCAUGCACAUGGUGCACAGAUAUGAAUGCAGGCAAAGAACCUCUAGAGAUAAAAUUUAAAUUAUAUUGCAUUAAAUUAAAUAACUUUUAAAUAAAGGGGAUUUAUUAUUUAAAGAAAACAAAACAAAACCAAAACCAAAAACAGCUUUCUGGCGAGCCAGGAAAUGGUACAGAGUGGCUCAUUUUGGGCCUGUUUUGGUGGCAGGGUUUGCCUCACAGAGACAAGGGAAACUGCAUUUUCGUAAAAGCUGUUGUUAAUAUUUUCUUUACAAUAAUCCCAUCAGUUACCAAGUGUAGAAAGCUGAUCCUAAAACAAUGUUUCAGACAUAGGGCUUGCCUGAGGACCACCUACUUCUAAAACAGUGUGACACUGUCAUGUUCUAGAAAUAUCAAGACCUGGAUACACGAAGGCAAAGUGUGUCAAAGAAAGACUCACUUUCAAUGCCAGUGUAAGUACUGUUGGAGUCCAUGGCACCGUAUUUUCCUAUGAAGUCACAUUUCCAUAACAUCAAGCCAUUGCCUUGUGCCAUUGGGGUGUGUGUGUGUGUGUGUGUGUGUGUGUGUGUGUGUGACACAAACUCUCUCAACUUACUGUAUGACCAGAAGCAAUAUGUUUAUAAGAAAACAUUUGACAUACUCAUUGUUUUAUGUUUUAACCAUAUUGUCGCGAUGGGUUUAAUAUAUGUGCAUAGGUAUUUUUUAGAAUUGUUUUUACAGUUUACAACCAAAUGUACUGUAUGUUCGUAUAAUUUAUAAUGAUGACCUGCUCAUGUAAAUUAUAAAAACAAAAUAGGGGCGUGUGUCAUCUUAUUUGCUGUUGGUUUUUCCUUCAACACGGAUAGUGUGACUUGAACACCACCUGGAUGAAGCCUCUGAUCUCCCAUAUUCUCAGUACAGAAUGCAGGUUAGUUCUACCGAUUUGAUUAUAAAGUGAUCUUCCCUUACCUAGAAGGCAAAGAACAGGAAAAAAGAGACCCUUCUGAAACAAAAUGUUUCUUUUUGAAUGAUUUAUCCGAAGAUGUUUGAUGGUGUUAACAUUAUAUAUGGAAACUUCUGCUCCAAAUAAAGUUACAAUUUAAGAAAAUUGA